AUGCAGCAACCAUACCGACCCGCCGUGUCGCCCGAGGUCCACGCAGCGCUGUACGAUGGCAUGGCGCGCCGCCUGCAACUGCCGUCGCCCAACAAUGUGGUACCUGACGGCUACGUCCUUGGCGCGCCGGUGUCAUGGCCGGCCUUUGCAGCGGCCGUCGCCAACUCGGACGCACCUGGCCACGGCGUCGACUGUGCAUGGACCGUCGCUUUGGCCGUCGAUCGCCACCUCCGCGCCGCGCCCGAGGCCACCUGCGAGCGCUUUGAAGCACUGUGCAGUGGCUUGCCGCACGGCGCUGCCCUGCCGCCGCUCGUGCGCACGCACUGGGCGACUGGCCACCACUACAUCAGCUUUACGCUGCUCGUGACAGUCCUUGAGCGAGCGCUCUAUAACGCGUAUGCGCGCUGCAACGACGGCGUCAAGUCCAACAUGAUUUUGCGCGAUUUGCUGCAAUCGCCCGAGCUCGUCGAAGCGCUGCCGCCCGGCUACCUGCAGCUCCUGCGCCUGCUCUUCUUUCCGUCGGGGCUCAAUUUGCGGAACCUCGUCUGGCAUGGCUUUGUCGCGCCCAUGGACUUUCCGGGGUGCUUUGGCUCGCUGCUCCUCGUGCUUCUGGCCGAGCCCGUGCUGCUCGACAAUGCGAGUGCGCAUCUGGUCUACGCGUCGCUGCCGUUGUUUGCACCGUCGACAGCCCCACUUUGUGCGGGAACCCGCGACCUUGUAGCGACCUUGGACCUCGACACUGUAUUUGCUGGUGCGUCGGUCCAAGCCAAGGCCCGACGCCGCCUCGUAGAACGCUCGAUCGAUGCCUUUCAAAGCGGCCAAACUCUCUUUUCGCUCUUUUUAUCGAUUCCCGUACUCGAAUAUCUCGUCCGCUGCGAUUUUGUACGUGUGAAUCCUAGUGUGCCCCGGGGCAUGGCCCACGCGCAACUCGCUGCGUACUACUCGACGCUCGACGGCUUUGGCCAGCGCUCGCAGCACCAAGUGCUUCUUGCGCGCACCCUAUUCGACUCGGACGCCGACCUCAAUCGACUCUACGAGACGCUGUCGCCGAGUGCGUUGGCGGCGUCUGUCGACCUCUUCAUGUGCGCUGCUGGCCCCAACGUCCGCGCCAAGCUCUGCCACGGCGAAGUCGACUUGUCGACGUUAUGGGACGCAACACCCUCGGGUACGACGACGAUCGACAUUUGCGCUGCGCUCGUGCUGCUCGUGCUGCUGGAGCGACUCUGUCCGUCCGACCACCUUCUGGCUGUCCUCCACACAUACACAAGCCAGUUUCACCCAUACGCGAUGCUGCAAACCGAGCUCGGGAAGGCUGCAACUGCCCUCACUACCUUUGGCCACCAGCGGCGCACGGUUUACGCGUAUACACUCGUGCCCGUGGCUCCCACCGUCAUGUGCCUUGAAUUUGUCGCCGAUCCUUCCCUUGGCAUCACCGAAGCCGGUGCCCGCAUGUGUCCGACGUCAAAUAUACCGACAGUGCGCUUUCAAACCAUUCCCGAUGGUCUGCUAGUGCUCUCGGCAGCACUGGCUCCGUACCAAGCCGUCUUGGCGUCGCGUGGGUCGUGGUUUCGACCUGUGAACGAGAUGAUCUCGUACACGUCCGCUCUACCAGACAUGGACCUGCAAGCGCUAAACGAAGCCAUUCCGUCGUCUACCUGCAUGCUUGCGAUCCUGGACGCCUGCCAGCAACACUUGACGCGCUACGCGAAGCGCGUGGCUGAGCUGUACGACCUCUUGGCAACGGGCAGUGCGCGUACGAGCCACCGGCGAUCGCUGCUGACAAAUGUCUUGUACCUUGAAGCUUUCGAAUCGAUGCUCACUGUCGUCGUUGGCCUGGUAGAGCAGUUGGUACUGCAAAGCGUGUCGCCGGCUGGGAUCCCAGUGGCGCUCGAGCCGAUCCCGCGCAAGCUCCUCCCUUUUGUCGUCUCGCUCCACGAUGACAAAAAGAGUCUCGAGAAACAUCUGCAAGCGUCGCUCCAGUUAUGGCAGUCCAAGGCCCUGCGUCAUUUCCUACUGCAAUAGUUCAACACGUACAACAACGUCGAGUCCUGCGCGUGUUUGCCCGAUUCGACCAUAGCCGCGUCGGGUGGGCUAGGGCUAGGUCAACAGAUGCCUCGAGUGAAUAACAAAGGAAAUCCCAGAGUACGGUCAUAAGAACUUAACCCGAAGGCACAUUAUGAUACGC